AUUAUUAUUUCUAUAGCUGGGGGUUUCUCUCAAGUAACAAGAAACGAAUCCCAAAAAAAAAAAAGAACUCUACAAACCCAAAAGAGUCUUUUUCUUCACAUCACCAAAUUCUUGUUUUUUUUAUUUUCCACACAUUUAUAAUAAUAUUCCCCCCAUCCCCACAAAAAUUUUAUUCAUUACUAUAAUAUAAUAUACUGGUAUGUGUAUGUUUAUACAUCAUUUUCAUUCAUUAUUAGUAUUUCUCUAAUUGAGAGGAGUGGUUGUUGUUGUUACUUGUAAUGGGUGUUUAAAAGCAGUGUCAUAAAUAAAGAGGAGAAGAGAAGAAUAAUAAGGGGUUGUGCUUUUCUUGGACGUGUAGUGUAAUGGGGGGUUCUCUCCUAAUGUGCUAAGUGAAGAAGAGGGUAUUAUCUCCAUUCUUGAUUAAGUAGCUCAAGUAAUGGAUACUAAAGGGAGGCUAGUUGCUGGUUCACACAAUAGGAAUGAGUUUGUUGUCAUCAAUGCUGAUGAGGUUGGAAGAGUAACUUCUGUGAAAGAAUUAAGUGGGCAGAUUUGCCAGAUUUGUGGAGAUGAGAUUGAAGUUACAGUAGAUGGGGAGCCAUUUAUUGCUUGCAAUGAAUGUGCAUUCCCUGUUUGCAGACAAUGCUAUGAGUAUGAAAGGAGAGAAGGAAAUCAAGCUUGCCCUCAAUGCAAAACUCGGUUCAAGCGCAUUAAAGGGAGCCCCAGAGUUGAUGGAGAUGACGAAGAUGAUGAAUUUGAUGACUUAGACCAUGAGUUCGAUUACCAUGGUAACCCUCGAUAUAUGUCUGAGGCUGCACUCUCUUCUCGCCUUGGCCGCGGUACCAAUCAUAAUGCUUCUGGGCUUACUACCCCAUCAGAAGUAGAUCCUGCUGCUCUUAACUCAGAGAUCCCUCUUCUUACUUAUGGUCAAGAGGAUGAUACAAUUUCCGCUGACAAGCAUGCUCUUAUCAUUCCACCGUUUAUGGGUCGCGGAAAGAAAGUUCAUCCUGUGCCUUAUUCUGAUUCCAUGUCUUUGCCUCCUCGGCCCAUGGAUCCUAAGAAAGAUUUGGCAGUUUAUGGAUAUGGGACUGUUGCAUGGAAGGAAAGAAUGGAGGACUGGAAGAAAAAACAGAAUGAUAAAUUACAGGUGGUUAAGCACGGAGGCGGUAAUGAUGGAGUUGAGCUGGAUGAUCCCGAUUUGCCCAAGAUGGAUGAAGGCAGACAACCACUUUCGAGAAAGCUGCCUAUUUCCUCUAGCAAGCUAAGCCCAUACAGAUUACUCAUUUUAGUUCGUCUUGCUGUUGUUGGGCUCUUUUUCCACUAUAGAAUAACGCAUCCUGUCAAUGAUGCAUAUGCAUUGUGGCUGAUUUCUAUUAUAUGUGAAAUAUGGUUUGCGGUAUCGUGGAUAUUUGAUCAGUUCCCAAAAUGGUUUCCAAUUGUGCGAGAGACAUAUCUGGACAGGCUAUCUCUGAGGUAUGAGAAAGAAGGGAAGCCUUCUGGGUUAGCCCCUAUAGAUAUAUUUGUUAGUACGGUGGAUCCCCUGAAAGAACCUCCGCUUAUCACUGCAAAUACCGUUCUCUCCAUUCUCUCUGUGGAUUAUCCGGUGGACAAGGUUUCGUGCUAUGUCUCUGACGAUGGUGCUGCCAUGCUUACUUUUGAGGCUCUCUCUGAAACAUCUGAGUUCGCAAGGAAAUGGGUCCCAUUCUGCAAGAAGUUCAACAUAGAGCCUCGGGCCCCAGAGUGGUAUUUCUCUCAGAAGGUUGAUUAUCUGAAAAAUAAAGUACAUCCAUCGUUUGUGAGGGAACGUCGUGCUAUGAAGAGAGACUAUGAAGAAUUCAAGGUUCGGAUAAAUGGGUUGGUUGCCACGGCACAAAAGGUUCCCGAAGAUGGCUGGACCAUGCAAGAUGGAACGCCUUGGCCCGGAAAUCUUGUCAGGGAUCAUCCUGGAAUGAUUCAGGUCUUCCUGGGUAAUGAUGGUGUCCGUGAUAUUGAAGGGAAUAUACUGCCUCGCCUUAUCUAUGUUUCUCGUGAGAAGCGUCCAGGAUUUGACCACCACAAGAAGGCUGGUGCCAUGAAUGCUUUGAUGCGGGUAUCAGCGGUCAUAUCAAAUGCUCCUUACUUGCUCAAUGUGGAUUGUGAUCACUAUAUAAAUAACAGUAAGGCACUGAGAGAAGCUAUGUGCUUUAUGAUGGACCCCACUUCAGGAAAGAAAAUAUGCUACGUACAAUUUCCGCAAAGGUUUGAUGGUAUUGACAGGCAUGACAGAUACUCCAACCGCAAUGUGGUCUUCUUUGAUAUCAAUAUGAAAGGACUUGACGGGAUCCAGGGUCCAAUUUACGUGGGUACUGGAUGUGUCUUCAGGAGGCAAGCACUUUAUGGUUAUGAUGCUCCAAAGAAGACAAAACCUCCAGGAAAAACAUGCAACUGCUGGCCGAAAUGGUGUUGCUGUUGUUUCAGUUCUCGAAAAAAGCAUAAGAAAGGGAAAACAACCAAGGAUAACAAAAAGAAGACUAAAACCAAAGAGGCUUCACCACAAAUUCACGCCCUUGAAAAUAUCGAGGAAGGAAUUGAAGGAAUUGAUAGUGAAAAAGCAACCCUCAUGCCUCAGAUAAAACUUGAGAAGAAAUUUGGACAAUCACCGGUAUUCGUUGCUUCAACACUUCUAGAAGAUGGUGGCAUUCCUCCAGGAGCAACAUCAGCAUCUCUCCUGAAAGAAGCAAUACAUGUCAUUAGUUGUGGUUAUGAAGACAAAACAGAAUGGGGUAGAGAGGUUGGAUGGAUUUAUGGAUCUGUUACUGAGGAUAUCCUUACUGGUUUUAAGAUGCACUGUCACGGUUGGAGAUCUGUCUACUGCAUGCCCAAAAGGCCUGCAUUUAAGGGGUCAGCUCCUAUCAAUCUUUCAGACCGUCUUCACCAGGUUCUGCGGUGGGCUUUGGGAUCUGUUGAAAUUCUCUUGAGUAAACAUUGUCCCAUUUGGUAUGGAUAUGGGUGUGGGCUGAAGCCGCUGGAGCGCUUUUCCUACAUAAACUCAGUGGUCUACCCAUUGACCUCUCUUCCUUUGAUCGCAUAUUGUGCAUUGCCAGCUGUCUGUUUGCUUACUGGGAAAUUUAUUGUUCCAGAGAUUAGCAACUAUGCUAGCAUUCUUUUCAUGGGACUUUUCAUAAUGAUUGCUGCCACGAGUGUUCUUGAGAUGCAAUGGGGAGGUGUUAGUAUUGAUGACUGGUGGAGAAACGAGCAGUUCUGGGUCAUUGGUGGUGCCUCAUCUCACCUAUUUGCUCUUUUCCAAGGUCUUCUUAAAGUUUUGGCUGGUGUCAGCACUAGCUUCACUGUUACUUCCAAAGCAGCAGACGACGGGGAAUUUUCUGAGCUUUAUCUGUUCAAGUGGACAUCUUUGUUGAUUCCUCCUAUGACUUUGUUAAUUAUUAACAUUAUUGGAGUUAUAGUUGGAAUUUCGGAUGCAAUCAACAACGGUUAUGAUUCUUGGGGUCCUCUAUUCGGUAGGCUUUUCUUCGCCUUAUGGGUCAUUGUUCAUCUAUAUCCCUUCCUCAAAGGUGUGAUGGGCAGACAAAAUAAAGUUCCAACCAUCAUUGUUGUCUGGUCUAUCCUUCUGGCAUCUAUCUUUUCCUUAUUGUGGGUUCGAGUCAACCCAUUCACGGCAAGAGGUGGACUUGUUCUAGAAGUGUGCGGGUUGGACUGCGAGUAAGCAUAAGAAAUAGGAAGCAUUAUGUGGCUUCAGUGUAGAAAAGGUUGUAUGAAAAUGAAAUAGAGCUCAAACUCAGGGAGAGAAGGAACAAGGGUAUCUUUAUCUCCUGGCAAUUUGGUCAUUGACGACGAAGAUUUUUGAGUUGGAGAAGCAGAGAAUGGGCUCUGAUGAUUGUGUAUAAAGGGCAGAAUAGCAGACACAUUGAUAUUUGUUUUUUGCAAAGUGUUUCUUUAUUCUUUUGAUACAUUUUAGGAUUUGUGGCUUGGAGUGCUGUGGAGUUCCAAUAUUUGUAAUACCAACCGAACAUAAAAUUUGUUGUGGUAAGCCACAACUCCUCCUUAAUAAGGGACUUCACACAAAAAAAAUGUUGUUGUGAGAAAUUUCAUCAGUAAUUAAGAAUUUUCAUUCCACUGUUGUAAUUUCAAGAAAGUGAAAUUCCAUAUCCAGACUUUACCUGUCUCA